UAGUACAUGGGUAACACUUAAGACAAGAUGUAUACAGAAGUGCUUAAGGUGGGGAUAUUCCUCUUUGUAUUAUGUUUCUGUUGCGGCCUGAAUCCUACAGUUGACCUAACAGCCAGUGCUAGCCAGUGCUCCGGAUCUCGAUGCGGGGAAUGUCUCAUAACAGAGGGAUGUGCCUGGUGUAAAGACAGGAAUUUCACAGGAACACGAUGUGACAAUGCAGCUCGCAUGAAUUCAAGUGGUUGUCUUAGCAUUGUUCAUAGGAAGGAACAUGAAAUUAUUUACAUCCAGGACAAAGAUUUUUCUGAUGGAGGGCCUGGUCAGGAUUCUAUUCAGAUCAAACCACAACAUGUCAAAAUUAAACUGGUUCCAAACAAGCUGCUGAGUGUCUUUAAGGUGCACUAUAAAAUUGCAAGAAACUUUCCACUAGAUGUUUACUUCUUGAUUGAUCCUUCUUUUACAAUGCGAGAACUACAAAGCUCCUUAAAAAAUUUAUCCAAAUCAAUCGCAAAAGAAAUAGAAAACUUGACAACAGAUUUUCAGUUUGGAUUAGGGACAGCUAUGGAUAAGGUUAUAUUACCAUUUACACGGACAUCCCCACGUUAUCUUGAUGACCCGUGUUCAGGAGCAGGCCUAGGUACUAACGACACUUGUGAACCUGCUUACUCCUUCAGACAUCGCCAGACACUCACACCGAAUAUUACGGCCUUCGAGAAUGCAUUAGAUGACAUCAGAACCACGGCGAACUUAGACAAACCAGAAGGUCUGUUUGAUGGUUUAAUGCAAGCUAUGGUGUGUGGGAGGAAAAUUGGUUGGAGAAACAAAGCCAGAAGAAUGUUGUUAUACGCUACAGAUAUCAACUUUCAUCAAGCUGGGGAUGGACGGUUAGCUGGAAUCCUUGAGCCAAAUGAUGGAGAAUGUCAUCUGAGUGCCAAAGGAUAUUAUACAAAGGCUGAAAUACAGGACUAUCCUUCAGUCGGACAUAUUAUUCAGAAAGCCAAAGAAAACAAUAUAAAUAUAAUCUUUGUGAUUGGAGGAAACUCGUCUCAACUGACCAAUCAGCAAGUUCGGAAUCUUUACUAUGACAAACUAGCUCAACUGUUACCAGGGGGUACACCAGGUGCUUCACAACUCUCUACAGACGCAAGGAAUAUCCUGAACAUCGUCAGUGGAAAUUACAAGCGUUUACGUGAGACGGUUAAGUUGGUAGUUAAUGAAGAUAUAGAGGAACUGGAUGUUAAAAUGUAUACAAACUGUAGAACAGGAGGACGAUCAGCAGACAGGACCAAUAUAUGUUCCAAAUUAACAAUUGAGAAAUGGGCUGAUUUUACUCCGGUGAUACAAUCCAAUUUUACCGCCUGCCCGGAGAAUAGAAAUCUGACCUUCACCAUUUUCCCUGAGGGCCUCGAGGAGCGUGUUCAGGUGGACGUAGAACACGUGUGUGAUUGUGACUGCCAGCUAGAACCGGAAGCGGAGCCAAAUAGCGCUGAAUGCAGUUUCAAUGGAACUUUUGAGUGUGGUAUCUGUAAAUGUAAUCCUGGCUGGAUUGGGGACAGGUGUGAGUGUGAUAAUAGAGGGACAGUAGAAGAAGCCUGUGGAACCGAUAAUGGAAUCUGCAGUAGUGCCGGGCAAUGCACGUGCCGGAAGUGUGAAUGUUUCAAAGGCUACAGUGGAGACAAAUGUGAAUGUAAUGACGAGAAUUGUAGGACCUAUGAUAAACUACUCUGCGGUGGUCUCUCACGGGGACGAUGCGUCUGUGGAACAUGUGUUUGUAACGAAAAUUAUACAGGGGAUGCUUGUGAAUGUUUGAAAUCUGAGGAUCCUUGUAAAAGCAACAACGAAACUAUAUGCUCUGGUAACGGUGCGUGUGAGUGCGGACGCUGUGUAUGUAAUGUUGGCUUCCGAGGAAGAUUGUGCAACCUUUGUACUCAUUGUCCAGGAGUAUGUAUCGACAAUAAAGACUGUGCAGAAUGCGUGGCCUUUAACCAGGGUCUGUACAAUUCAAGUGUCUGCAAACAACGUUGUAAGAACGUCGAAACAGCACCAUACCUCCAACCAGCAACUGCAGAGGACCAGAAUGCACCAGUGACAAUAAAAUCCUGUAUCAUUGAAGACUCAUUCGGUUGUUUCAUAUAUUUUAAUGUCCACGACAGCGAUGAAAGUAGGAAGAUUGUUGUGAAAGAAACUAAAUGGUGCCCUGCGGGUCCACCAAAUCUUCUGCUAGUAGGACUCAGCAUCGCUGGAGCCAUCUUACUAAUUGGUGUGAUUCUUUUAAUUAUAUGGAAGUUGCUUACAACGCUAUACGACAACGUGGAGUUUUCAAAAUUUGAAAAGGAAUUACUAAAUCCAACCUGGGAGAAGUCUGAGAAUCCUAUCUAUAAAGAAUGUGUGACGAAGAUAGAUAACCCUAUGUGUGACUCCGGGUUUAACCCUGACGAACACGAUGACAAAAUUUUGAUACAGGAAAUGGAAGUGGAUACGACGCUCAGCGAGAAACAGUGUCACGCAUAUGAAAAGACAGUGGACACUGAAGAUGAAAAAUAAAUGAAUAUUAUAAUAUAAUUAACGAGCCAUAGAA